AGAGUGCAGUACGCUUUGUAGUGGACAGCUGGCUGGAAACUCAGAUUUUAAACCAAUAUCUCUAUUGUUUAAGCACCAUCCUAGAAAUCUGAAAUCUAGAGUGGGCUCCAGUGUUUUGCUGUAUUGUCUUCUUGAGUAGCAACAGUAGCUGCUGUGUAUUUGACUGUCCCAUAGGACCUGACUCUUCUUCCUGACUUCCUACCUGGAGAUACAUCCAUCAGGACCACAUCAACUCUUUAACUAUGCCAGAGCAUACCGUGACCACUUCGGCCAAGAGCCACAAGACCAGGAUCAAGAGAAGCAGCAUUAUUAUCAAUGUGACCAUGAAAGAACCAACUAAGGGGAAAGUAGCAUCCCCUUCAGCUUCUGGCAGUAGACGAAUGAGCAUGUUCAGUAUUAUGCAAACAAGCAGAGCGGGAUCACUGUCUCGUCGGAGCAUCCUGAUGACUUCAGAUGGAAGGUCUGUGGAGAAAUGUUCUGUAACCGGUGGAAAAGGUGUUAUCCAGGUUUUUGAUGAUCUAGGAAGAGAUGUAACACCACGCCCACUUUACCAACCAGAACCAACAGCUGCCGUUCCUAGACAAAGCAAAAUCCUAUCAGCACAUGAUUUUGCUGGAGCGACUCAGACUGAAUUCUUAUCUUCCCUUUCUGCACAACAAACAUCUGGAGGCAGUAUUAGCCUAGUGGGCCCAUUCUCAAGGACUUAUGGUAGUAGUAGUAUUACAAAGUCAAGUACUUCUACUGACUCGAUGGCAGAAGAAAUCAUAGAACCUGGAUCUAGACGAGAGACACUUGCCAGUUUUUCAGAUGUCCAGGUCAGACGAGAGGAAGUGCCAGAACAACUGACAAAACAAGACCUAGAAAAGCAGGUGGAUAUUUUCCUUACAGAGACAGAAACAAUUUGGUUAUUUGACAUGCCAACUCUCAUGAUAUCUACAGAGGCUGAGGAAGCUAACAGUGUGAGGAAAAAUAAUAUAGCAUACAUGGAACUCUGUAAAAAUAGAGUUGGCAAUGAUCGUUACACCAACAGAAUGAUGCAAACAAUUAAUGGAGCACCAAAAACAAAGGAAGUACAAUGUGACAAAAUUGUCAUGAGUGACAAAGAAAUAAUGGCCACUGUCUGGGAUUUAUAUGAUUCGUUUAAUGCAUUGGAAGUAGGAUUGCUAGAAAAAACCUGUCGACCAGAAGGUACAAGUGGCAGCAAAUCAACUGUGUUCAAAGAACGUGACCAAAGCACAUCUGUAGUUUCUAUGGACCCAGAGAGCACAACAUCAAGUUCUAUCAUUGACAUCGAAAGUGUAAUUCUCUCCCGAAUCCAAGAAGAAGUAGAAGACCGUUCAGAAGCUAUACUAAAAUCUGAAAAAUUUAAUCAAGAUUUAUUUUACAUGGAGAGAGUCCUAAUGGAAAAUACUUUUCAGCCAAACCUUGCAGCCUAUCGGCAGCUUCCUGUCUUCUUAGACCCAGAAAGGAAAUCUGCACAUAGUGAAUCUGAAUCGCAUGUGGAAUCAGAGAAGGAGGAAGAGGAAGAGGAGGAGGAGGAAGAAGAAGAAGAACGGUUAUCAGUUAGUUCAUCACUGCUACUAGAACUUGGUGAAGUGAGAAAAGACAUCCCACCACCCGACAUGGAAUCUUUGUGGUCCUAUGGAUGUGAUUUGACUAGAGGCAACAACGUGAGCUGUAUGGCUUGGAACAAGCAUAAUCCUGAUCUUUUGGCUGUCGGUUAUGGUCAGUUUCUUUUUAAAGAGCAGAAGAAAGGCAUGGCUUGCUGCUGGUCGUUGAAGAAUCCUAUGUGGCCAGAACGGGUCUAUCACUGUAACCAUGGAGUAACUGCACUGGAUUUCUCAGCAGCCAAUCCGAACCUCCUGGCAGUUGGACUGUUUAAUGGGACAAUUGAAGUGUUCAAUGUGCAGACUCAUAAUCCUACUUCAGUUUUGGAUACCAGUGAAUCUUAUGAAAAACAUUUGGGCCCUGUGUGGCAGCUUAAGUGGGUUGAACAGGACAGGGGGACAAAAGGAGAAGACAAAGGGGAGAUACUGGUCUCCAUAUCAGCAGAUGGAAGAGUAACUAAGUGGUUUGUUCGGAAAGGAUUAAGCUGUACUGAUCUGAUGAAGCUAAAGCGAACAGCUAGUGAAAAGAAAAAAGGAGCAGAAAAGAAAAGUGAAGCAUUGAUAUCACGACAGGCUCCAGGGCUAGCCUUUGAUUUUCAUCCAAAGGAUACUAAUAUAUAUAUGGUUGGGACAGAAGAAGGCUAUAUUCACAAAUGCUCCUGUUCUUACAAUGAACAAUAUCUGGAGACUUACAGAGGACAUAAAGGUCCUGUGUACAAAAUAGCAUGGAAUCCAUUCAGCACAGAGGUGUUUCUAAGUUGUUCUGCAGACUGGAGUAUUAUAUUAUGGCGGCAGGAUUCGGUUCACCCUAUUUUGACCUUCAGUUCCACCACCAACGUUAUUUAUGAUGUAAUGUGGUCUCCCCAUUCAGCAUAUGUCUUUGCAGCUGUGAAUGAAACUAGAGUGGAAAUCUGGGAUCUUAGUGUCAGCACGUUGGAUCCCCUGAUUGUAAAUCCUGCCACUGGAAAUUUGAAAUUCACAACAGUACUUUUUGCUAAAAAUACAGAUUGCCUUCUCAUUGGGGACAGUGAUGGACAAGUCACUGUGUAUGCACUAAGAAAUAUGGCUGAACUAGAGAGAAAGAAGAUGGACAUUCUACAUGAUAUGAUUGGCUCUACUCUAAUCACUCCAGAGUAGCAUUUUACAGCAACAGGCAGUGAAAAAAGGAAGUGAUGCUGACAUUUAAAAAGGAAAAAGGGAGUGAUCUCUGACAUUCAAUUAAGCAACAAUGAAAAAUAUAACUAACUAUUAAAUUGGUGUACAUAUACAUGUAUAUACAGAAAAAAUCUGUUGGAAAUCUUUUUGAAACUUCCUAAAUGUUUGCUUGGAAAGUACCAAACACUACAGACAUGCACAUUCUCUUUACAAGUGUAAUAUAGCACACCAUGCUUAGCAUCAAACAUAAUCCACAUGGUGGAAGCUAAAUCUUUCCUUAUGCCCUGGGUUAGGGAUUAUUGGAUGGAAUUCACUUGGGGAGUUACAUCUGCAGGAAAUAGAACUGAGCAGUUUCACAAUGUCUGUAUAUCGCAAGGGGCUGCUGUUACAUUACUAUAUACAGUAUGGAAGUGACUGGUGUACAUAGGAAUUUUUGCACAAUGGAAUCCGAUGCACAAUGGUAGUGAUGAACAUUGGAAACCAAUGCACAGUGGGACCCAAUGCACAACAAGACUGGUGUGAAUCAAAACUGAUGCACAAUGGGAUAAAUGGAAAACAGGAUACUGGCUAGGGAGUGCCAAUGCACAUCGGUAGAGCCUGAUGUACAUCAGGACACUCUUGUUCAUCUUGUUAUGCAUCUUUGCAAUUCACUAUUAAUUCAUUUAGUUUAAUUUAAUUAGAAAUAAUAAUUUACUUAAUACCUCUGGUACAUA